UAUAAGAAUUGUCUUCAAAAAAAUGUAAAACCCAAAGGGUCGUGUAACAAUAAAGAAAUACAUUUCAUUGUAAACCUUUUCCAGGAGAAAAAUUCACUAACAAAUUCUGUUCAAUGUGGAAGGCAGAUAUAAUUCCAAUUUGUCAUAAAUCCUUCUAAAUAAGAAAGGUGCACACUCCAGCAUGACUUGGGGCCUCUUUGCUGUUUUGAGGCCUCACUGAAUAUUGCAGAGUAGGGGAAUUUUGAAGACAGAGCUCCAUGAACUCCCCAGCUGUGGCAGUUUUGGGUGUGAAACUGCAUUUAUGUGCACAAUUACUGUAAUGUCCACACCCACUGACUUCCUCCUGGAGUCACCCUUAUAUUCUCAGCCUACCCUUCCUAUAGUGUUACUCAUGGCACCGGAGAUGCUGUGUUUGCUUCUGCUGCUGCUACUCUCCAGGCUGUGGCAAGAGUCUUUGGCUGAAGAUUCAAGAUAUGGAAUCAAAAUGCAACAGUCUGUGACAGUACAGGAAGGGUUGUGUGCCUUUGUGCCCUGCACUGUUUUCUACCCUUGGAAUUCCCAGACACAAUCUCACCCAGCUUAUGGCUACUGGUACCACCAUGAUGCUCUUACUGGAAAGGAUGCUCCAGUAGCUACAAACAAGCCCAAUGAAGCAGUGCAGGAGAGGACCAAGGGCCGAUUCCAGCUCAUAGGGGACCCUAAGGCCUACAACUGCUCUUUGAGCAUCACAGAUGCAAAGAAGGAGGAUGCUGGGUCAUAUUUCUUUCGAGUGGAGAGAGGUGACAACGUGAAACACAGUUACAAGGGACAGAAUCUGUUCUUGAGUGUGACAGCCCUGACCCACACACCUGAGAUCCAGGUCCCAGAGAUGCUGAAAUCCGGGUUCCCUGGAGUACUCACCUUCACCCCUCAGCCAAAGGACCACGGCACCAUCCUCACCUGUCAGGUGGAAUUCCCUGCAGUUGGUAUAACAGUAAAGAGAACUAUACAGCUCAAAGUCUCCUAUGCCCCACCCUCAGUGAACGUCAGUAUUUUUUGGAGAAACUGCACAGCCCCAAUGACUGUGAGCAAUGGCACGUCGCUGCCCAUCUUGGACGGUCAGUCCCUGCGCCUGGUCUGCAUGGCUGAUGGCAACCCCCCUGCCUCCCUGAGCUGGUUAUGGAAGAGCAGGAACAUGAAUUCCUCUCAGGUCUCAGCAUCCGGGGUCCUGGAGCUGUCUUCUGUAGGGCCUGAGGAUGGAGGGGAAUUUACCUGCAGAGUUCAUCACCCUCUGGGCUCCCAGCACUUUUCUUUGAACCUCUUUGUUCAGGGAAGCCCAUCCAUUAACUUGUGUGCAGCUGAGAAGCAGGAGGGCUUUUGGCCUCUGUUCCUCACCCUCAUCAGAGCAGCUGCCAUGGGAGCCGGCUUCCUGCUCACCUAUGUCCUCACCCGGGUGUACUAUACCAGACCACCAUGUCCUACAACACUGCAUUAUGGAGGAGCCCUCUGGAAAUUCCCUGUCCCACCUUGGUGUGCUCCAAGGAGGCCCAACUCAGAAAUGUUGGCUCACAUGGUCCAUGUAAAAGUCAUCAUCAUCAUCAUCCACCCAUACCACUCUUCUGUUAUGAAAAUAUGUAUGCUGCAGCCAGCACAGCUAUCAAAUUUCCUGGUGUAUGGGCCAUGAAGGGUGGUGAGAAGAUGAAGAGCUGAAGACAAGAUACAGAAAGCUGGAAUCAGGUGGCGCCCUCUCUCUGGAUGGGAGGAAAAAGAAGUGCUCCACCACCACAGCAUGUGUAUUUAUAUAUUCAGCAUAUUCGCAUGACACCCCUCUGCCUAGCAACUUGUUUGUUUCAAUUGCUAGGAGUGCAUGGUGUUCUCUAGACUGCUAGACUGGAGCAUCUCUUCAUGUGGCUUGCCUUCGGCACACUUUGUUCCCAGGAUCAGCCUUGCUCCAGCCUUGCACAUGUGGCCAAUAUCCAACUUUUUCCACUCACUACAUCUCCUCCUUUUCUGUUUUAUAGUUGUCAGCAAUGGGAAGUCUGUUGAAUUUAAAGUUGGAGGAGCUGUCUUUGGAGGACUCUGCAGAAGAUCUUCUCAUUCUUGAACUGUUUUUAUGCUGAGUGACCUUAUUUAAUUAGGCUAAAGAUUUUCAGUCCAAGGAUUUAAAAUCCCUGCACUCAGCAGUUUUAUGCUAUACAACCCAUUAACCCAUAACAGUGGUCAGUCACUGGUGCAGCAGGAAAUUGUCAGCAGGUGUUAGUGAUUUGAGUUUCUUUUAUAGCUAGCAUAUUAGUAUGACAUUGUUUUAUACCUCUUGUCAUUAUUCCCUUCUGCAGGAUGUUUAAGACCAAGUUAAAGUAAGACCUGUAUUAAUUACAAUUAAUCUCUUCCUAUCAAUCAUUGUCAGUUAAGUCUCCUUGGCAAUUACCUUAAAAGCAUGCAUAGUGCCUCUCAAUUCUCCUGUCAGUCUCAACCAUCUGGAUGAGUCACAGCCAUUGUUUGACCACAUUGCUUUCUGUGAAAGCUUAGCAGACUUUUUUCUCCUGGUGACUCUCUUCAGGCACACUAUACACCAUUGAAUACUUUCCCCUGUGGUCCCACAAUCUCCUUGGUCAGAAACCAGGAACUCAUCAAGUUAUAGGACGUUUCAGCAGAGGUUCUCUUAUGUUGUGGGUCCUCACUGAACUUGGAGGACUGGGGUCAAAAUAUUGGCUGUACCCCUACCCUAUCUUUCUAGGUUUUGGCCCCCAGACCUCAGUUAUUGAACAUCCAGAAGAGAAGGUUAAUGAUAUCAUAUUGCAGUUUGCCUAAUAUUAAGUAAAAUAGAACCAUUAUUUCUUACUAUACAUGGAUGUUUUAACAUCUGGAUCCCUGUGGAAUGUUAACAGACAACGGUUAUAUAUCAUACCCAGAAAAUUAGAAAUCAAAACCAUGCAAAAUAUUGAAGCAUAACAGUCAUGAUAUUUUUGUAACACACUUAAAUUUCUAUUUUUGAUAUGAAAUAGUCUUUUUAUUCAAUCAUCCCUAUCUAGUACAUGAGGAGAUUUUGCCUAACUAAUCGAUCUUUAAUGGGAUGUUAUUGAGGAAAUUUGUGACAUUGUCUGGACUGCUUAAUGUCUAGGCAUCUCUAAGUAUAAUGACACAUACACAGCAAAUACACCACAUAAAUUUUUGUUAAUGGAAGAGGUUUGAAUCUGAAAGAAAAUUGUACCACCAUAAACAAUCCCUGUUUUAUAUUUUGGAAAACCUGUAUGUCUGGAGACAUGAAUAUAUUUAAUACACAAUGAGAUUAAUAACAAUCUAUUGUCAUAGCCAUAUGAAAACCUUUGUACCAGAGCAUCUUUAAAUCAAAAAUCUUAUUGUCUGGAAAUCUUAAUCUUUUGAUGAGGACCAAUGUAAACAUAUCACAAUAAUAUAUUUUAAUAACAUUUUUGAGGUGUCUCCCAUAAAGCUAUGGAGAUCACUGAGGUUCCUAUUAAUGAACAAAGCCUGGAAUAAUUUCCCGGCCAGCUGUGCUGUAUAUACCAAAGGGAGCCUUGACCAAUAAUUCUCUAAGCCCAAAGGAUCCUCAUUUGGUUACCUUAGCAAACUUUUGAUGACUUCUGUGAACACCAGUCUGGAUAUCACAUUGACCUGCUGGCAAUUCAGGUGGAAGCAUGCUUUUAGCUCUAUAGCUCAAAUUAAAAUUUGAGCACAUGAUCCAAAAUGCUAAAGGCAAAGCAAAAACAAAACAUUGUUGAGCUCAAGUAAAGAACAGCUGUUAACUGAUUGGACAAAUGGACAAACAACAAGUAUACAGCUUACAGAUUGGACAAACAAACAUCUUACAAAAUUAGAGUAAACUCAAAUAUAUUUUUCAUCAAAUUAAAUUAUAAAAACAUUUUUACAAUUUUAGAAAUUUGUAAGUAUAAGUAGCCUAAUCAGAAUUAUUUGUAGUUCAGUUAGCAGAGAUCUCUUAUAAGAAAAUUUGGAUGGAAUAAAAUAUUUUAUUUAUAAUUAA